GAUCCUCCGCCCUGUCUUUUCAUCAAAGAAACCCGGAGGUCCAUCAUGAACGGGAUUUCUGCUGAUUCCAAACAGGGGUUUGAUACCGAUGUUUUGGGCUUUACGGGGACGGGGGAAUCACCUACUCUUGCUGGAAAGUCUGGAGGCAAAAACCGUGGAAGAAGAGGGAAGAAAAGUAAAGAACAACCAAGAAUAUCAACGAUUUCCACCAUCUCGACUGGAUCUAUCGUCAAAAUUCAAGAUGGCGCGUCGUGUAUUGGAAGUAGUUCAAUAUCCAAUUUGGUUCCUGUGCAACUGGGAAAUGUCCCCGAUCCACCCGUCCUGUCGAUCCCCGACACAGCCGCUGAUAACGAGACUAUAUCAAGACUUUUGGGCGGCCAGGGAGCUGCGCUUUUGGAAUUGGGAAGCUCGGAUUGCGUGAAUAUUGACUUUAUCCAAGAUAAUGUGGAUUACUCGGAAGAAACCGGCGUUGAAGCCAUGCAAUCGCAGAGUUCGACUUCCCCUACGACCGAGGGGGUGAGCGGUACCCGCAAUGAAACGCAGCCGGAACCCUCGGCACCGUCAGCGUCCGUUCCGAUAGCGAUAGACAUCGCCAGUGGGAAUGGAUGGAGUCUUCCUGCCACCGACACCCCCGUCUCCGAGUCCACGGUCGCUAAGCAAUCCAAGGGCAGGGCGAAGAAGAAGAAGUCCACUCAGUCAAAACUACCAACCUCUGCUCUCGAUUUAAGCAUGAAGCAUCAGAAACUCUCAAAUACUUCAGUGCAUGGCAACUUAGGUCAAGAAAUUAGAAUGGCAAAUUCAAUUUCAAAGAAAAAAGCCGUCCAACUCGCUCAAGAUCCUCGACCAGCCAAGACAUCAGGCUCAGUUUCCAGUUCUCUAAAACAAGGGAAGUCAUCAAGUUCAGUUGAAUAUCCACCGAUCAUUCCACCCGAUGCUGAAUUCACUGACCCAACUGGAGACAGUCUGCUGUUGAACAUUGCACAAGUUAACAAAGCUGUGUCGGGAUCUGAAGAAGGAGAGAGUGAUGAGCAAAGCCGGGAUGCAGGAGAUGACGCAACUGCGCCUCAGCCUCCCAACCCCCUCAUGUACAUCAUAACUAGUCGCGACAAGACAACAGGGAUGACCCAGCGAUUCCGCGUGACGGUUGAUCCCGAAUCAGUUAUGUACAUUCCCGUUAUGGACAUAAGCGACGAAGCAACAACAGGCGAACAAACCACAAGUGACGAUGUCCCACUCGACUUCAUGUCAGUUGAUCGAGCCAAAUCGGAUUCAGCAGAAGGGGCAAUAGUGGAUACGGUCCCUGUGGACGUGGACAAUGCGAUUCGAGAUGCGCUCCUCUGUAAUCAUAAUGUGACGUCCAUUCCGACGGUGAUUGCCAAGGAGGAUUUGGGUGCGAUCACAGGAGACAUGAUCACUUCAGCACUGAUGCUACAGGGAAAACCUGAUGUGAAUGCAGAUGCUGAACCUCCAAAAGGUGAUGAAGACAAGAUGGAGCUGGAGAAUGAAGAUGCUGUAAAUGAGCAAACUGCUGAAAAAACUUGGACCAAGAAAACACCACAGAGGAAGAAAGAAGCACAGGAGACGAUAAAGUGUGAUCACCCUGGAUGUGGAGAGACUAUUGUUGGCAAGUCUAAGUAUAGGAUUCAUAAACUGGGUCAUAACGAUGACAGACCCCAUAAGUGUCCACAUGAGAACUGUGGCUGGACAUUCCCUUCACCAUACAAGUUGAGGAGGCAUCUGUCAGGUCAUAGCGGUGCUAAACCGUUCGUGUGUGGCAUGGAAAAUUGCGGGAGGCAAUUCUCAACCAUCUACAACUUGAAGAUGCACCUGAACUCUCACUUCCGUCAGACCGUGGAGGUCUGUGAUUACGAGGGCUGCGGGAAGGUCUUCAACUCGGCACCACUCCUCAAGAUUCACAAACGAAAACACUUUGAAGAACAAAGACUCAAGUGUGAGUAUCCCGGCUGCACCAAGACUUUCACCACUUCCAGUGCGUUGGGUUCACACCAGAGGGUUCAUGUCAAAGACGCUACUGACUACCCCUGCCCGUUUGAAGGGUGUACCAAGGUCUAUGACAAGGCGUGCAGACUCAAGCUUCACAUGCGUUCACACACGGGGGAAAGACCGUUCAAGUGCACGUUUGAGGGUUGUGAUUGGGCGUUCACGUGCAUUCAGAAGCUGACCCGUCAUAUAGUACGCCACACUGGGGAGAGGAAAUACCGGUGUAAGUUUGAAGGAUGUCAGAAACUCUUCACCAGGCUAGAACAUCUCAAAUCACAUGAGGUCUUCCACAGCGGACAGAAACCAUUCGCUUGCAAGGAAGAAGGUUGUAAUGCGAGGUUUGCUGCCCGUAGCUCACUAUACAUGCAUCAGAAAAGACACCAGCAAGCCAAACCAAUGAGGGAGAAGCUUCUCUUUAGCUGCCCACUGGAUGGGUGUGACAUGAGCUUCGCAAGCAAGCUUGGACUAAAAAAUCACAUAGUCAAGGGACAUGGUGUCCCUCUACCGUUUACAGGAGGUGCAGGUGACUUUGAACUGAUAGGAUUAGGCAACGAUCAACUCCAUGCUUCUACAACGGCACCCAGCUCUACAGCUGCUGCAGCUACCCCAGAGAGCACAGAGCCGGCCAUAGCCUCUAUGUCCCUUCCUACCAUCCCAACAUCGCUCAUGAACACGUCUCUUCUACAGUCAACGAUGAUCCCUCCUUCAUCAGCCAGUAUACCGUUGAGUUCACUGACAAGUAGCCGAGACGAAGCAGCUUCCAUCCUAGCUUCCGGUCUCCUCAACAACCAAGUUUUCUUGCCCAAGAACACUGCCCUCAACCUCUCGACACCCUCAUCCGCCAACGUUACCAAAGACGCAGAAAUAGAUAGCAUCCCAGCCUCCUCCGCUCCAUUCCUUCUCUCAUCCUUCCCUGUACUUAGCGCCCAGUCAGGGGUGCACUUAUUACCCUCUUCGAUGACCACGCCCAUCCACUCACUCAUCCCGACGACUCUAUCUUCCCAACCAUCUCCUAUCAUUCUUACAUCAUCGUCACUGACGUCGGCAACAUCUCAGGCAAAGUCGGUUGGGGUGUCUGCUCCGCCUACCACAACCACCAGCACGACGCCCAAGGUUUAUCUUGAGAACCGGAGCGGGUCUGCUAGGACAGACUAUCGAGCAGUCACUGCCAAACACCCCUUACCGGCGGAUGCAUUCGAACGUUUGAAGAAAACAGCUGAAGAUCUUGAAGCUGAGUUGCUAUCCCAGAGUGAUUCCAGUCAGUCUAGCGACGGGUCUGUACAAGCUACUUUCAUCCCUCUCAACAUGAUGACCAGUGCAUCCCUGACUCUCCGUGAUCCUACGACUGGUACAAGAUACAUACAAACACAACUCCUACAGGAUGACCCCCCGGACAUGCCUGACAUGGGCUUCCCGCUGUCGUCACAUGACUCGGCCGACCAAUCACCUCUCGACGCUGCCCUCUCGGUGUCGGACAUGCUCGUGGAGGGCGCGAGUGAUCCUGCCUCCGACACGGACUUCAUAACGAGCGACGGCGUUAUACCAGGGGUAAUGGUCUCCGGUUUUAGGGAGAGCACUAUCAAUUUACAAGAUUUAGAAUGAAGAUGUGUUUAGUCAGUGUCAGUUGGGUGUCAUGCAGAAAUUUAACAGCAACUGGAUAUGAAUUAUACAUGGUC